CCCUGGGCCAGGCAGGGAGGAGUCCUUAUAUGGCUGGGUUCGACCUUGCCUCAGCCCUAGGCAGCCCUCAGGUCAGUGAACCUGGCAGAGCGAGGGGGUCCCUAGCUCCGUGUGGAACACAGGGUACCCCUGGCUCAUGCUGGGACGUUGGGGUGCUCCGAUUCCAUUCUGUGUGGGCGUCUGGCAUUCCAUGGCCCCUUCGUCCCUUUCUCCUGGGUUCUGGUGCCAGUCAUGUGCUCCUGGUACUGGAGCCUUCGUUCUUGGAUGUGGGGCAGUGCUCAGCAAGCUCUGGUGUUCCGUGGGUACCUGUGGGGCUUGGGUGUCAGGGUCCCCAUCCCCUGGCUGUGGCGGGGCAGACGGACAUUCAUGGCUCUUUGUUCUGUCGCAGAGGCAUCGUGGCCAGUAUUCUGGUUUUCUUAUGCUUCGGAGUGACACAAGCUAAGGACGGCCCAUUCUCCAGACCUCACCCAGCCUACUGGCGGUUCUGGCUCUGUGUCAGUGUUGUCUAUGAGCUCUUCCUCAUCUUCAUCCUCUUCCAGACCGUCCAGGAUGGCCGCCAGUUCCUGAAGUACGUGGACCCCAAGCUGGGGGUCCCCCUUCCCGAGCGGGACUAUGGAGGGAAUUGCCUCAUCUACGACGCGGACAACAAGACUGACCCCUUCCACAACGUCUGGGACAAGCUGGAUGGCUUUGUGCCCGCACACUUCAUUGGCUGGUACCUGAAGACGCUGAUGAUCCGCGACUGGUGGAUGUGCAGCAUCGUGAGCGUCAUGUUCGAGUUCCUGGAGUACAGUCUCGAGCACCAGCUGCCCAACUUCAGCGAGUGCUGGUGGGACCACUGGAUCAUGGAUGUGCUGGUCUGCAAUGGGCUGGGCAUCUACUGCGGCAUGAAGACCCUCGAGUGGCUGUCCCUGAAGACGUACAAGUGGCAAGGCCUCUGGAACAUUCCGACCUACAAGGGCAAGAUGAAGCGGAUCGCCUUCCAGUUCACGCCCUACAGCUGGGUUCGCUUCGAGUGGAGGCCGGCCUCCAGCCUGCGCCGCUGGCUGGCCGUGUGCGGCAUCAUCCUGGUGUUCCUGCUGGCAGAGCUGAACACCUUCUACCUGAAGUUCGUGCUGUGGAUGCCCCCUGAGCACUACCUGGUCCUCCUGCGGCUGGUCUUCUUCGUGAAUGUGGGCGGCGUGGCCAUGCGCGAGAUCUAUGACUUCAUGGACGACCCGAAGCAGCAUAAGAAGCUGGGCCAGCAGGCCUGGCUGGUGGCGGCCAUCACGGUCACUGAGCUGCUCAUCGUGGUCAAGUACGACCCGCACACGCUCACGCUGUCCCUGCCCUUCUACAUCUCCCAGUGCUGGAUGCUCGGCUCUGUGCUCGUGCUCACCUGGACUGUGUGGCGCUUCUUCCUACGGGAUAUCACCCUGCGCUACAAGGAGACACGGCGGCAGCAGCAGAAGCAGCAGAGCAGGGCUGAGCAGGACGGCACUGUGGGCAAUGGGCACCAACCAGGCCCCGAGGAGCCCGGGGCAGAGGAGCGGGAAGAGGACACGGCCCCUAAAUGAGCCAUGUGCAGGGACCUGCUGGACUCCACCCCACCACCUUCGUCACUCCUGCCACAGCCCCAAGGUUUCCCUGAACUGGGCCUGGCUAUGCACACACAUGUGAGUGCAACGGCUACACGUGUGUCUGUGUGUGUGUGUGCGCGUGUUCCUGGGCGCUGGUUCCAGAGCUGCCCCAGGUCAGCUGCUCCCCGGACGGCCUCUUUGGACUCAGGCCCCUGUUGUCAGGGCUGAGAGGGCCGAGUAGGGCUAGGUAGUUCCACCCCGGUUCCUUUGUCCUAACCGGCCAGGGGAGGGCUGUGGGGGGCUCUUUGUGGACCCUAAGCUGGAAAGAAUCUCCACGAGCAAAUAGAACAAAUAAAAUC